UUGCAGUUGUUGCGAUGUUCUUCGCCGUUGACCUCCAAAAAGCUAAGCUGCCAAAGAAAUCUACUUAUUGGAUCCUGGUUGCCUUUGUAGCGUUUCACGGGAUUGUUCAUUUUAUUCUUUCGAUCAUGCAAUGCGUAUCUGACAAUAAGCGGAGAGACAAUCCCGCUGAUGUUUACCCCAUGAAAGAGAUGGGUGUUGGGCAGAAUUACUACUACCCACAAACCAAGCAAGAUGUGCCAGGAAGCUGUUUGAGAAAAUUCAUGCUCGCUUUUUACACGAUCGUGAACCUUGGAUUUACGGCUGUUCUAGUAUUGAUGGUGAUAUUUGCACCCAUCGAGAAAACUUUGGAGGAAUGGGGUCUGCCGGUCGUGGCUUGAAUGGUUUCCGAAGAUAAUUGCCUUGGUUGUAUCAGUGCGCUUCAGAACUACAAUUUUUCUACCAAAAGCCCUCCGAUUCUUGACAGUUCUAUGUAUCGCCUUCCGCUGGUAGCGAUUGUUACGGCAUUAUGUGAAACGUCUUCCUAGGCCGACAACUGUUACAGUUUCUGGAACUUGCAGACUGCUUAUUGGGACCAUUUAGGAAUCUUUCUCUGAGACUUGGAAGGACGAGAUAAGAAUCGAUUUAUCUUGACGCUUUGUGCUAAAAAAUAAACAAGGGUCGUCGCGAUCUUGUUGAUUAUCUAAGAAUGAAGCUCAAACUAUUGUUCCGGCAAUUUGAUAUACAAUAUAUGUGAAAAAGUGAUGAGUGAACUGUUGACAAAUUUUCUAUUCACGCCCCCUCAAGAAAAUUAAUUCAUAAAAUUUUUAAAUUCAGAAAACCUGAUUAUUGCAGGAAGGUUAAAAAGCCGUUCACUGAAACAUGAUGUAUUUCCAAAAUGUGCUUUGAUGUACGACUUGUGCAAAUGAUUAUACAAUGAGCGAAUAGAUGAAAUUUUUUUGCACUGCA